AAAUUUCCCACCCUUCCUCGACAAGUUUUCCAAAAUUUUCUUCUUCUUCUUCAGUUCACAGCUUCACAUUCAAACGCGUUUUGCUCUCUUGUCUCUCUGGCUUUGCUCUUUCAGAUUCAACUUAUCCAUUUUCCUCACAUUUGUAUCUGCUGAAUUCGCUUCAAUGCUGGAAACCACUUCUCCGUCCACAACGUUUUUGGCCGUCCGUUUCCUUCUCUUUGGUUUCGAUCCCAUCAAAGAGCGCGAGGUUCGAGCCAAGCUUCUUAGUGGCGGUGGAGUUGAUGCUGGUCAGUACAGUCAAAAUUGUACUCACGUGAUUGUAGAUAAGAUUCUAUUCGAUGAUCCUCUAUGUGUUGCUGCAAGGAAUGAUGGAAAGACACUGGUUACGGGAUUAUGGGUUGACCAUAGUUAUGACAUUGGAAUGGCUGUAGAUGCCACAUCUAUUAUGUAUAGGCCUCUUAGAGAUUUGAAUGGCAUAGAGGGUGCUGAAAGGUUAAUUGUAUGCUUGACUGGAUACCAGCGACAAGAUCGAGAUGACAUUAUGACCAUGGUUGGCCUGAUGGGAGCACAAUUUUCUAAGCCAUUGGUGGCAAACAAAGUUACUCAUCUCAUAUGCUAUAAAUUUGAAGGUGAAAAGUAUGAGCUUGCCAAGAAAUUGAAGAAAAUAAAGCUUGUUAACCAUCGAUGGUUGGAAGAUUGCUUAAGGGAUUGGGAGCUUCUUCCAGAAGAUAAUUAUAGCAAGAGUGGCUAUGAGUUGGAGGCGAUGGAAGCUGAAGCAAAGGAUUCUGAAGAGGAGGCUGAGGGCCCCACGGUGAAGCAAUCAAGUCAUGAAAUGGCAAAUAGGAGUCCUCACUUGAGAAUGGGAACUCCUAAAUCUUGUCAGAUGCCAACAUUAACUGGGGAACUGCCAAAAAUGGCGUGUAAUUUAAGUGAGCCUGAAGGUAUGCCUAGUGUUGGUAAUGGGAAGGACAUGUUAGGAACUCCUAGCAGAAAUAAUAGAUCAGCAUCAGGCUUUAUUAGCAACUUUGUUUCUGAAGCAUCGCCCUGUCCUGUCUCUGAUGCCUCCAAUGAUGCUCCUUCUGUUGGUUUACAUAAUCCACAAGAGAAAACUCCAAAUUCUACAAAAGGGGGCAGUGACUUGGAAACAAUUUCUGGAAGUGCUGAAAGGCCUUAUUCUGAUGCAAAGUUUAGUGCUAGAAGUUACACUAGGAAAAACCCUCGGACAUCCCCAAUAUCAACUUUUUCAGGAAAAUUGGGCAAUACUAGAGGCUCUCCUAAAGUUCAAUUAGGUGAAUCCAUUGACAAGUCUUCUGCCAAAUUUGAAUCUGCAAAGGACUUAACUGGUUCUGGUCAUGUUGAGGUUCUUCCAAGAACAAGUGAGCUGUUUCAUGAAGAAGCUUCGAGCAGUAAAAAGCAAAAGAUGGAUGUUUCAUGUUUUAACCCUAAAUCUCACGAUAUGGGUCAUGAACCACCAAGAAGUGUGACAGGAAGUCCGUCAGUUAGUUGCAAUCAAGGAUUGGAACAACCACAUUUGGUAGAUGGUUUGUCUAAGAUUAAUAAUCAGCAUCCUGAUGUAACAGGAAGUCCAUUAGUCAGUCUUGAUGCCGCUGCACAAAAGUCCCAUUCUGAUGUUUCAAUUGGCAAAGCUUCAAAAUUUAAAACAAAGCAAUUAAUGCAAGAUCUGCUGCCCCUUGAAGAUGCAGCCUCAGAGGAUGAACAAAAAAAGGAUGCGGAUGAAAACAUGCCACAAACAUCAUUAAAGGCACUGAAAAAGUCCAGUUUGGCUAGCAAGCCUGAAGUUGGAGAUUUUGGAGUUAAAAAAUCUGAAGAUCUGGUUGCAGAUGCUGAGGUCCCGUGUCAUCAGCAGCAAGAUAGACAGGUCCCAUCCCCCUUCAACAGAAACUUAGAGGGAGAGAAAUCUCAGACUAUUGCUAAUUUAGAAGGGCUUGAGGAAGGUAACGGCAACUUAAUGACCAAACGGGUUAGGACAAAGAUGAUUGCCAAGAAGACAUUGGGUUCUAGACCAAAACUGAAAAGUACUGCGAACCUAAAAGGGUCCAUUUAUUUAAAUAAAGUUGCAGCUCAAAGUGAUCCUGCAGUUGGUCUGCCUAGGGAAAUAGCAGGACAUGAGAAUUUCUCUAGUUUCAAUGAGCUUGAAAUAUCCCCUGCAACUGUCGAUGCUAUUGCAGUAAAGGAGGUAGAGACAAAAAUUGACCCAAAAUCUGGAGAUAAUACUGAAAAUGCGACUACUGUUAUGGAUGAUGAGACUGAACCUCCAGAGGACAAAGACACACAUGAAGGUGUACACGAUGAAGAGAAGGAUGGGGUGGUUGAUUUGUCAAGUAAAGCAGAUGAUAACACGAAGGUUAAACCAGAUGUCUCUCAGCAUUCAACAAACAAUACUGCCGCUGAUAUGGAUGAUGGUGCAAAGGAGGAUAAGAUUGCAGUUCAAAGCCAGCAGAAAGAUAAAACUACCUGUAAAGCAAAUGGUAUGAAAGGGAAAGUAAGGCAAGGCAAAAAGCAGCCAUCAGGUAAGUCCAAGACAAAGACUGUCCUUACUCUCUCUGGGCAUGCAAAAUCUAAGCAAGCUUCGGAUGGUGAAAAGACUUGCAAUGGCGAGGACAGUGUUGAGAAAGUUAUGGGGGAGGAAAAAGGUAAGCCAUGUUCUGCAGGUCAAACUAAGAGCAGAACUAUAUCUAAGAGAAAGUCAGAAAACUCCAUGGAAGUGGAUAAGGAGAAUAAGCAAAUUGUUGAUGGAGAUCAAAAUAUAAGUCAGUUCAAAGGUCAUGUUAGGAAAACAGCCCUCAAAUCUGAUGUGUCAAUGAAGGCUAAUCAAAAGUCAAGGAAAAGAGAUCCUAAAUGUGUUCUGGUGAGAGAGGUUUCGAAGCAAUUGGAAACUGAACCUAUAUGGUUUAUUUUGAGUGGACAUAAGCUACAGAGAAAGGAGUUUCAGCAAGUCAUUAGGCGGUUGAAAGGAAAAGUCUGCAGAGAUUCUCAUCAGUGGUCAUAUCAGGCAACACACUUCAUAGCUCCAGAUCCAAUUCGUAGGACGGAAAAGUUUUUUGCUGCUGCAGCCUCUGGAAGACGGCAUACUGAAUGCAGGUGGAUUCUAAAGACUGAUUAUCUAGCUGCUUGUAGUCAAGCAGGAAGGUUCCUGGGUGAGGAGCCGUAUGAAUGGCAUAAGCAUGGCCUUAGUGAAGAUGGUGCAAUUAAUUUAGAGGCUCCGAGGAAGUGGCGGCUUUUACGGGAGAAAACAGGUCAUGGUGCCUUCUAUGGCAUGCGUGUUAUUAUUUAUGGAGACUGCAUUGCACCAUCUUUGGAUACUCUGAAGCGAGUUGUGAAGGCAGGUGAUGGGACUAUAUUAGCAACUUCUCCUCCUUACACCCGUUUCCUCUCGUCUGGGGUUGACUAUGCCAUUGUCAGCCCUGGCAUGCCACGUGUUGAUUUGUGGGUACAAGAGUUCAUGCGACAUGAGAUACCCUGCAUUGUGGCUGAUUACUUGGUGGAGUAUGUAUGUAAGCCUGGUUAUUCUCUGGAGAGACAUGUUCUAUACAAUACUCAAACUUGGGCAGAAAGGUCAUUCGCUAACCUUUUGAGCAAGGCAGAAGACAUUGUUGAAGGCGUGACACCGUCAGAUGAUUGCAGUAACGAUGACACAACCUGUAAAGUAUGUGGAUCUCACGAUAGAGGGGAGGUGAUGCUGAUAUGCGGCGAUGAAAGUGGUUCUGUUGGUUGUGGGAUAGGUAUGCACAUUGACUGUUGUGAUCCUCCUCUUGAAAAUAUCCCAGAGGAGGAUUGGUUUUGUCCCAAUUGUAGCAACAGCAACAGUUCUCCAAAGAGGAGAAAAGGGGCUUGAUAGAAGACCAAGUUGUUUUUUUUUUUCCGUCUUCAGAUUUUGUAGGAGCACAUUGUUGUCCGAGUCUCAUAUUUGGCUGUGGCUACACGUGUAGAAUUUGUUGUGCUCGGUCUCAGUUGAAUUUGAGAAUUCUAUUAGACAGAACAGAAAAUGAUAGUGGCUCUAGAAUCUGUUUAGCUUCUCUUUGGGAAUAAUGUAUGGAUUUCUGAAAUAUUUUAAUUAGAAAAGUGUUUUUGAUCUCUCUA